ACAUGGCACCUAUAAGACAAAAUGUUAAAACUAAAGGACCAAUGAAGGGAAAACAGUUCAAAAACAACUUUGCACACGGUGGUCCAUCACACGACGUCAAAAGAAAAAGAAAAUGGGUUCCAGAGAACAAAGUUUUUGAUGGUAGUUUAAAAGAAGGUCAGGGAUUUGCCUUAAGAAGGAAGGAGAAAAUAAAACACGAAUACAACAAACUUCUUCGAAAAGAGAGAAAGAAGAUGCAACAGUCAAAAGUGCAGUUACGGGAGGAAUAUCCUGAGCAUCUGAAACAUCUGUACCUGGCUGAAAAGGAAAGGCUAGAGGAAGAAGAGCAGGAGAAAAAGAAGAAAAGAUGCAAAGGAAGAGCAGUGGAUGAAGAUGAGGAGGCAGAGGGAGAACUCAUUGUGCCAUUUGAUGAUUCUUACACUAAGAAACAUGUCUCAAACACAAUGCCCAACAUCUCUUCUUCAGACCAAUCUAAUGCUCAUGUUUCUUCUAAUGAACCAGACAUGACAGCACAGCCUGAGAGCUUCCACAAGGCCCCACUCAUACAAAGGAAACAGAAAAACUUGUCAUCUUAUCAGAAGACAAAGCAAGAUUAUGAGCGGAUUAAGGAGGAGCGUGCACGAAAAAGAGAGGAAUUUUUGAAAGACAAAGCUCAGAGGGAGGAGGCUUUGAAAAAAUACAAGGAAAAGAAAAUGGCCACAUAUCAGUUAUUGAAAAGAAAAACCAAGAAGGGUCAGCCCAACCUCAACCUGCAGAUGGAACUGUUGCUGCACAAGAUUCAAGCUCAGCGCAAAUAAUUUGGUAGCAACCCACAAAAUGAGACUCAAAAUUGUUUAAAAUGAUGCAUGUAACAAUUUCAGAUAGUUUAAUUCAGGUUUGAAAUGCACAAAAAGCUGUGCAGUUUGGAGGAUGUGUAGCUACAAGGAUCUUUGCAUACCUAUUUGUCUUUAUCACUAAUAUUUGUUGUAAAUAAUGAAUAUCAUUAUGCUCUACACUUUUGUUAAUUCAAGUUGAAAGUGUACAGAAUUUUUUGAGAAAAUCUUAUGAUUGAAUCAAAUUUUUUGUUUGUUUAUUUGGUGUUAUAGCACUGAUAUUAAUAUAAAAUAAUAUAAUGUCAUAUACUGGUCAAAAAUUGUUACCAAAUUUAGCAAAGCAUGAACUUUCAGCAUAAAAGAUUUGAAAUAAGAAAAACAUAAGGCUUUAGUAGCAAUACAAGGUCACUCAAACUCCUCCCAGCUCUGGUAACUGCAAUAUGUUUCCAUGAAGUGAGGCUGUGGGUGUGGUCCUAGAGUUAUUCACACCCUCCCGCUUUAUUUGACUCCACCACAUCAUUAUUGUCUGUUUUUUAAAAUAAAAGCAAAUUCAUAUUCUUGUAAUUGCAUCAAGAUUUAAACUAAGCCCAUUUAAAUGAGCGAAAUAACUGUUUAAUUAUAUAGUUAUGUAAAAAGGUUAUAAUAACCUACUUAUGACUUUCUCACAUCUUCAUUGAUAUUCUUCACAUCAUCAUACUCUUCCUGAACUCCCUCUGAUGUACCUAUGAAAGCAAAUAACAAACAAAAAUGUAUUUUAUUUGCAAUUCAUCUUGUCUUAUAUAAAAGGUGUCUUUCAUUUAUGAUAAAGCCAUGAUGAGUUCAUUAAUGGUAUAAAUACAUGUUCAACAGUCAUAAAAAGAUGAGAUAAAAUAAAAAUAAAAGGUGAUUAAAAAUAUAAAGUCUGCAGCUCACCCAUUACACUUUGCAAGUUCAUAAUUCAUAAUUCUCUGGUGUGUCCACUACAUAUAGAUGAAUAUAUAAGCCCAUAAACAACAAAUAGACAAUUUGCUUGCAUUUUUAUUUAUUGAGCAUCACUUAAAAGAUAUAUCAAGGUAAAAAAGAAAAAAAACACCUUUUUUUAAUAUCAAAGUUCUGUCCUGUGUUGAUGACAUCUACAAAGUCAUGACAUGCAUUCACACUCAAAAAAUUGUAAACUGGAGAUUUUUUUUCUUCACUUUAUUUACAGCCAUCAUAUCUUUUAAUACUUAAUCCUACCAUAGUAUAAUAGAACUACAGUACACCUGAUCACAACACCAAAUUUGCUGGUAAUGGUCACAUUGUGGUACCCAGCUUAAAGACUAACUCUCUGAAGAAAACUGUCAUUUAUAGAGCCAUAACAAACUGGAAUACAUUUCCUCUUGAUAUCCAUUUAAUAAAAAAUAAAUCAUCCUUCAAAAAGAAUAUGCAGAGAUAUUUAUUGGCAUGCAGAUGUAAGACUGAACAGUAGGAGGUAUAUUGUAAUUGGACAAGUUUCUCAAUAUUGUGUUCUGGUUAUAUGAAUUUUAAUUUUUUUUUGUAUUUGUUUUAUUGGUUUUAAUUAGUAUUCUACUUAAUUGUAUGUUCAGGGGUGGUAGGCUUUGAAAUGUACUGUAUAGGAAUGCUUUAAAUUGUAUAUAUGCAUUUUCUACGUACAGUAUGUUAAUGUAAUUUAACGUAUAUGCGAUUAAGUGCAUGUAAUGUUAUGUGAAGUAUGUCAUGUUUGGACCCCAGGAAGAUUAACUGACUGCCAUGGCAUCCGCUAAUGGGGAUCCUUAAAAAACAAUAAAACAAUAAACCUGUCUCAUGA